CACGUCUCCUUCCCUUUGUUAACAUACAUGAGGACAGUAUUCAGUGUUACUUAUUUCAGAAACUCGGAUAAACUUCAAAAUGGUGCGGGAAUGUAUCAGUAUCCAUGUUGGUCAAGCCGGUGUCCAGAUGGGCAAUGCCUGCUGGGAGUUGUACUGUUUGGAGCAUGGCAUUCAGCCUGAUGGUCAGAUGCCCUCAGACAAGACAAUCGGAGGGGGAGACGACUCCUUCAAUACAUUCUUCAGUGAGACCGGAGCUGGCAAACAUGUACCUCGGGCUAUCUUCACCGACCUCGAGCCCACCGUAGUCGACGAGGUCCGUACCGGAACGUUCCGUCAGCUGUUCCAUCCCCAGCAGCUGAUCACGGGGAAGGAGGACGCGGCUAACAACUACGCCCGAGGCCAUUACACCGUCGGCAAGGAAUAUAUCGACCAGGUGUUGGACCGUAUCCGCAAACUCUCAGAUCAGUGUGAGGGGCUACAGGGGUUUCUUCUGUUCCACAGCUUCGGCGGGGGGACAGGCUCGGGCUUCGGUUCGUUGUUGAUGGAACGUCUUAGUGUCGACUACGGAAAGAAAUCCAAGCUUGAAUUUGCCGUUUACCCUGCCCCGCGUAUAUCAACGGCGGUUGUGGAACCUUACAACUCCAUCCUGACCACACACACAACACUGGAACAUACUGACUGCGCCUUUAUGGUCGAUAAUGAGGCUAUCUACGAUAUAUGUAAACGUAACCUGGACAUUGACCGCCCAACCUAUACCAACCUAAACCGUCUGAUAGGUCAGAUUGUCAGCUCCAUCACCGCCUCCCUUCGCUUUGAUGGUGCCCUGAACGUCGACCUGACUGAGUUUCAGACCAAUCUUGUGCCUUACCCACGUAUCCAUUUCCCUCUGGCUACGUACGCCCCAGUCAUCUCCGCCGAGAAGGCCUAUCAUGAACAGCUCACAGUUGCAGAGAUCACAACUGCUUGUUUUGAGCCAGCUAACCAGCUGGUGAAGUGUGAUCCUCGCCAGGGUCGGUACAUGGCCUGUUGUCUCCUCUAUAGGGGAGACGUCGUACCAAAGGACGUCAAUGUCGCCAUCGCUUCCAUUAAGACGAGAAGAUCGAUCCAGUUCGUCGACUGGUGUCCUACAGGCUUCAAGGUGGGCAUCAACUAUCAGCCUCCCACUGUGGUGCCGGGAGGAGAUUUGGCCAAGGUAGAACGUGCCGUUUGCAUGUUGAGUAAUACUACAGCCAUCGCUGAUGCUUGGGCUCGCCUUGAUCACAAGUUUGAUUUGAUGUAUGCCAAGCGCGCCUUCGUCCACUGGUACGUGGGAGAGGGUAUGGAGGAGGGAGAGUUCCAUGAAGCUCGCGAGGACUUGGCAGCACUGGAAAAGGAUUACGAAGAAGUAGGGGCGGAUUCCUAUAACGAAAACACCAUUGACGAGGAAGACGAGUAUUGAUGUGUUUUCUUUAUAUGCCACACUUUAACUUCCCAAACAUAAGGCUAUCUCUCUUUUGGGAUACCGUAAAUUGUAUGUCUCUACCAGAAGUUUAUGACAACUGUAGUCAUCUAGAAUGAAAUAAAAUUUGACAGU